AUGCCUCUUUCUGAUACAUCUGCCUUGACCACUCCAAGCACCUCGGAAAUUGACACCCCAUCGAGCAUAAUGGCUUUCUCCACAGAGGAAUUCAGUUUACUACUCGCUCUCGGAAAUUGCUAUGACGGCAAUCAAAACGAGGUCGACUUUGACCGGAAAAAACACAAGACUCCCAAAACACACCAGUCUAACCCAACAUUUUAUAUUGACCACUCACAGUUAUGCAAGCAGCGUCUCCUACCGUCGUUCAUGAUCCUGCCUCCCCAUGUAUCGAAGGCAUUUUCACCGACUGAUGUUGCGCCAGACAUUACGAAUUUCGAUGUCUACAUGAACAAUGAUCUCCAAUUCGCUAUAGUCAAUGAGAGCCCUUCUAGCAAUAAUAGCUCGAAUCCCACCGCCGCCAACACAUCAUACGACCUCUUAACGACCUUCCAAGGUCCAUUCACUACCACAGAAGGUAGUUUCAACACCUUCUCUACUGAUUGUCGAGCUGGCAUCAACAACUAUUCAACCACAUUCAACGAAAACUGUGAUGCGGGAUUUGUCGCAGGCGUUAAAAAUUACAAUCGAAGAGGCAGUAAGGACAUUGAUAUCAUCAUUAACGACAUGGACGAUAGCGACACAAAUUAUGGCACCGAUGAUAGUAACAAUAAUGUUUGUCAAGCUAGAUGUAAUGGAAACCGGAAACAUAAUGAUCGUGUGGAGGAACCGAAUGACAGAAACGAGCAAAUACGGACCCAAAAAACAUUAACGGCUGAAGCACCGUCGCCGAGUCGGAUUUCUCGUAAAAGAAAAGCGGCAGAAGAGCUAGAGAUAACGCAGGAUGAAAAAAGAGCGAAAUUUUUGGAAAGAAAUAGGCAGGCCGCUCUCAAAUGUAGACAAAAGAAAAAGGAAUUCACGACCAACUUAAAGAAACACGUGGAAGAUCUUGAGGCCGAAAAAACAAUCCUUACGAAUUCGGUAAAUCACUUGCGUGAACAAGUCUUGUAUUUGAAAUCGCUAAUGAUCUGCCAUGGUGGCUGUGACUGCGGAAUAAUCCCUGAAUAUUUACAGACUUACGGAAUUCAGAUGCCUGCAACUAUAAUUCAGUCGCAGCAACAACCGCCACAACCGUCACAAUCACGACCGCCACAUCAACAACCAGCCCAACAGCAGCACAGUCAAUAUCCAGCGUCGACAAGUAACUUUCUUGCUUGA